AUGGAGUCAGCAACUACAACAUCCACAGGCGCACAGCCGCCCGUCACAAUCGUCUGCGUCGGCAUGGCAGGAAGCGGCAAAACCACCUUUAUGCAACGCAUCAACUCACACCUCCACUCCAAACAAACACCACCCUACGUCCUCAAUCUGGAUCCCGCAGUGCGCAAAGUGCCCUUCGACUCCAACAUCGACAUCCGCGACAGCGUCAACUACCGCGAAGUCAUGAAGCAAUACAACCUCGGCCCCAACGGCGGCAUCCUCACAUCUCUGAACCUGUUUGCUACAAAAAUAGACCAAGUGCUGGGCAUCCUGGAANAGCGCUGUUUGCCAGACCUGCAAAAGAGGNGGGAGCAACACAAAGUGCCGGGGCAUGUGUUGGUGGAUACUCCAGGCCAGAUUGAAGUGUUUGUGUGGAGUGCCAGUGGAAGCAUCUUGCUCUCUUCCCUGGCUUCUUCUUUUCCUACGGUACUGGCUUAUGUGAUUGAUACCCCGCGCACCACUGCCUCCACUUCCACCUUCAUGUCCAACAUGCUCUACGCCAUUUCCAUCAUGUACAAAACCCGCCUUCCCAUGAUCCUCGUCUUCAACAAAAACGACGUCAAAUCAGAAGAAGAAGCCAUAGACUGGAUGCGCGAUUUCGAAAGCUUCCAAGCCGCUCUCCGUCGUGAAGAAGACGAGGAAGCAGAGUCGGGCAUGGGAGGUUCUGGGUACAUGGGUUCCUUGCUCAACAGCAUGAGUCUGGUGCUCGAAGAGUUUUACAACAAUCUGAGUGUGGUGGGUGUGAGCAGUAUGACUGGUGCCGGCAUAGACGCUUUCUUCGAAGCCGUGGAAGAGAAACGCNGACGAGUUCAACAAAGACUACAAAGCCGAUCUGGACCGUCGUCGCGACCAACGCGAAAAGGAAAAGAAGCGAACCGCGAAAAGGAAGUUGCGCGGAUGAUGAAGGAUAUGAGGGUGGGAGGAAACAAGUCAAAAACACCCAAACCAGAGCCCGAAACCGUCUCGGAAGCCGAAGAAGAAGAAGAAGAUGAAGGAGGUUUGGUGGACAGAGACGAAGACGAAGACAUCAGUCAAGAAGGCCUGCAACAGCGAUACCAACAAGCCUUGGCUGCAGGCAACNACCCCAUGUCCAACGAAGACUUGAGUUUUGCAAAGUAUGUUCAAGCUGCCGGUAUGCAGAAGAAGUGA